AUGACUUAUUCAAGAUUAGUGAACUGGGCAACGAGCAAGAGACGAAGCACUCGUAAAAGUUCUGCCAUAAAAAUGCUUCCAAGAGACUUAUUAGUAGAGGUGGUUGCAAUCGUGGCCUCACACUCAUUUAUUGACUUUCACACCAUCAAAAUGUGUUGCAAGGAUUUUCUAAACGCUGCUGAAGAUAGCUAUGUUUGGCGAAAAGUUUCUUUAGACACGUUCUCAUUAAUCCAAUGGCUUCCUAAUGACAAAGCAUCAUCAUUCUUGAAUCGCUGCAAGGAAUGUGGCAAUUUGGAGAGUUUGUUCAGACAAGGGCUGCGAGAAUAUUUUAAUUAUCCAAAUGCAAAGACCGGCGGUCUUAGGAUCUUAAAGAUAGCUGCUCAAAAGGGGCAUAAGGAAGCAAAAUAUGUAUGUGGUAUGAUUUCAUUAUGCUCUGAAGAUGAUGACUUGAGAAAACAAGGAUUUGAGUAUAUGCGUUUUAUGAGGGAGUACAAGUGUGUUGUAGACUCCAGAAAGAAAGUGAAACAAUUAUUGAACUCUAUGUGGAAAAAUAAUCAAACAUUGUUGAGGCGCAACCAAAGCCCUAUAUGCAAAUCCAAGAGCACAUGCAAAGGGUGGAGAGUGAAGACAGGAAGAUGGGUAUUGCUAGAUGACGAUGAUGAUGACAUUGACUCGUGUGAAUAUUGUCGAUGGGACUAUGAGUUAGAGUUUUUCUAUCGGUUGCUAAAUGUUAAUUAG